AUGAAACAUUCAUUAUGUAAUAAUUUUUAUUCAUCAUUUAUAACAAAUACAUCAGAUUUAACUACAAUGAUGAUGAUGUUGAAAAGAAAAAAGAGAACAAAUCCAGAAGCAGCAGCAGCAACAACAACAACGACGACAACUCAAAAAGACAACAAAUCAAUGACAAUAGAACAUAUACCAACAUUGAAUCAUCAUCAUGAUCAACAAACUACUACUAAUAUUUUAUCUCUUAGUAAUAUAACUGAAAAUCAAUUGAAUAUUUAUAAAAAAGAAUAUUAUCGUGAACAUCAACGUUAUAAACGUGCCUCAUUACAAUAUCGUUAUGCACAUGCAGCACGUGAACGUCAACGUGUAGCAGAAUUUAAUAAAGUAUUUAAAAAAUUACAUAGUUUAUUACCAACUAAUAAUCAUUUAUCUAAUAGACGUUUAUCAAAAUUACAAAUACUUAAAUUAUGUUCUUCUUAUAUUUAUUAUUUAACUUGUUUACUUCAGAAUAAUAACUGUAAUGAUUCUACAUUAAAUGUUCAAUAUUGA